AUGUGCGCAGGUAUGGAGUUUGAAUCCCUGCGAAAGGGGGCAGAAAGGAGUUAUAUCUUCAAGUCGCUCGACGUUUUCACACUGCGAAGCGAAGAGGAGAUUUACCCCAUGUCAAUGCUUGGAGCUAUACCAGGUAUUCACACAUAUGUUCUUGACAGUACAGCAACUACUAGAUUAUCAAACAACUCACCUAAGAUGAGGAGAAAUUGA